AUGCCUGACCUACCACACAAGUUAUCUAAAAAUGCGCAAGAAUGGGAGGAUGCCAUGGAUGAAAUGGAACUCACAGGCAAGACUGUACACGGUGCAGAGCUAGCCUCAGCCUCGAGAAUUGAAUACAAGCAGUUUCUUCUGCUUCGUGUACUGUGGGUAGGGCACCAUGCAACAGAUCUGCCAAAAAUGCUGCCUGGCUUCAAUAGAUGGAUUGCUAAGGCGGAGAAGAUGCUAAAAGGUUACAAAUCAUGGGAUACAUACUGUCAGAGUUUCACGCGCCCAGAUGCUGGAGAAGGAAACUUUUCAAUUGCCCGACACUACCAGCUUGAGGUUACAAACACCAAGGAUGAUACUGAUCCACUGUCACUUGCAACUCCUAUUGCACACCGGACACGCUCCCGUUUACUGAAUCGAGAGCUUGCCAAAGACUACUUGGAAACACCUUCAAAAUCAACUAACAUCUCCACAGUAUUGAACAUUGAGGAACUUCGUAUUCACGAUCCGCUUGAUGAUUCAGAAACACUGGUUCUAGAAACCCCGAUCUCAGAGAUCCCAGAGACUCCGAGCCCCUUCCAGGAAAUCACACCCGACUCCCAGGAGCCGGACAAUGUGUUAUACCCUCCAACUAAGGAUGAGCAGAUAGUGAACUGUGCUUUAGUUAUCUUCUUGAAUGCGUUGACCAUACCCUUCAAGCUCGCCAACAACUGGACCUUGCACAGGAAGGCUUUCAAAGCUAUCUUUGAUAAUGCCAGUUUUGAGGCAAGAACUGACGGCUAUCUGGAUGACCGUCACGGAGAAGCUCAGGCCAUUAUCGAAGUGAAGCCUGUCAGACGAUCCAUGAAAUCAGUUCCUAUCCAAAUGCAAGAGAGCGCUCAAAUGGUAGCUUGGAUAAAGAAUGAUUGUGAGAAGCUGCCAAAUCCAAUAGAUAUGAGGCACUUUCUUGUCGCGCAGGACCGACACGAAAUCUACCUGAUAGUUGCUCAGUAUCAUGCUGACUACGUCAGGUACUUGACUGACAGUAAGCAUAGCAGCCAGCGCCCAUCUUUCAUGACUAUGCAUAUGUUCGGUCCUUGGGAUACGCUGGAGCUAUCACAUAUGAAAAACCUCGGACCUAUUUUGCUGGCGAUUACACUUCGUGCGGAUGCUGAGCUGAGAAAAAUCAGACCAGGCUGA